UUGAAGUCAUUAUCUGUUAGUUAGUUAUUGAAACUUUGCUACUAAAUUGAGAAUGCCAUUAUUUGCAAAGUUACAAUUGAUGGUUCAGGGAGUGGCAUUUACUAUAAUUUUGAAAUCAUUGGUUUCAUACGUCCUUAACUACGAGUACCUAGUAAUUUUCUUUAAUAUGAUUUUCUAAGAUUAUAAAAGUCAAGGCGAAUGUUUGAUGAGGCUGAGUUCACCGAUAGUGAAUAUAAGGAAAAGUUCUAUUGUUCGAAAUAAUGUUAAGAAAGUCAGACGAUUACGUUUCACCCGGAAAGGAUUACUUCGCUUUAAAUUUAAAAUUUCUCUUUUUAGUUGGAUUAUGGCCGAAUGAUAGAUGGUCGAAGACACAAGCAACUGCGUAUAGUAUCUAUCAAAAAACUCUUCAUGUAUUACCAAUUAUAUACCUUAUAAUUACCAUUAUUGGUACUUAUCAGCAUGCAGGUGUAUUAGAGAAGUUCUUAGAAAACUUGGACAAAAAUGUUGUAGCUUUGAAUUUCACUAUUAAAUAUAUGCUUUUUACAAUAAAACAUAAGGAGAUUUCGAUGUUAAUCACUGAGAUAAUGCAUUCCGGUGAUAAGAUUUCUAAACAAUGUAAUCGGCUUAUGUCUGUUCAUGUUGUAGCUAUUACAGGAUUAACUUUUCUCGUGGUUGGGGCAUUUAGUGGGGCAGCUUUGUUGAAUAGGGAAAUGGUAGUAGAGGCUUGGCUGCCAUUUGAUCCCACGAAAAAUAUGAAGAAUUUACUACUGUUUGCUCAGAUUGCAGCGAUAACAUUCACACCUUGCACGAUUCGAGGAAAUGCCAUGCAGGGAUUUGUGUGUAGUUUGAUAAUGUAUUUAUGUGAACAGUUAAUAGAAUUACAGCAUAGACUUCGUGCAUUGACCUAUUUGCCAGGGAAUGAUGAUGAGCUUAAAUAUCAAUUUAAAGAAAUUAUAAAAAAGCACGUGCGUAUAAUGCGAUACUCAAAGUCAAUGAAAAGCAUUUUUAAGGAAUAUUUGUUUGUACAAAAUUUUGCAAUAACUGUGGAAUUGUGUUUAAACGCUGUGAUGAUUACUGUGAUAAGAUUUGAAGACAAGAAGUUGCUGGUUGGGUUUUUUGCUUUUUUGUGUAUGGCUUUAUUGAAUGCAUACAUAUAUUGCUAUUUGGGUAAUGAAUUAAUGAGUCAAAGCGAAGGUAUAGCACUGGCGGCAUACGACGCAUCGUGGACUUCUUGGCCGAUAGGCUUACAAAAGGAUCUAUUGACCGUUAUAAGAACAGCACAGAAACCUCUCUCUCUAAGUGCUGGAGGCAUAGCUAAUUUGUCAAUGCACACAUUUGGUCAGGCGCUGUACAAUGCUUACUCUAUUUUCGCAGUCCUAAACGAUGUAGUUGAUUGAAGAAUAUGUUUAUUUUUGAAAUAGAUUAGUUCCAUGAUAAAAUGUAUAAUACUUUAUUAAGUAUAGUAGGCUUCAAUAUUAUAUGUAGGUAACUAUAUCUACAUCACAAAUAAUGCAAUAAUGGCAAUGCUAAUUAGAUUAAAGCACAACUUUUUCUUGUAGAAGUAAAGCUUUUUUAUAAUUUUAAUAAAAUUAAAUCUGUAU